GAGGGAGAGCCUGGCCUGGCUGACGGAGGGAGGCCGCUGAGGAGGAGGAAGGGAGGCCGGGAAGGCGGCAGGUCAAAAUGGGUUUCAUGUUUUCGAAGUCUAUGAAUGAAAACCUAAAGAGUCAACAGGAGUUUAUGCUCAUGAACUCUCGACUUCAGCUUGAAAGGCAACUCCUGAUGCAAAAUCAAAUGCGUGAGAGGCAGAUGGCUAUGCAGGUUGCUUGGACGCGGGAAUUUCUCAAGUAUUUUGGAACAUUUUUCGGACUCACUGUCGUCGGUCUAACAGUUGGGGCAAUUAAAAGAAAAAAGCCUGGAUUAUUCCUUCCAAUUGUUCCUUUAAGUUUUGUGCUUGCCUACCAGUAUGAUAUGGGUUAUGGAUCACUUCUGCAAAGAAUGAAAGGUGAAGCAGAGAAUAUACUUGACACAGAGAACGCGUUGGUGGAAAUGCCAAAAGGACCCCUCACUUUUGAUGGCCUUGAAAAAGCCAGAAGAGCACAGAGCUUGUUUUUCAUUGAAAAAUAGUUUGGUGUGGUGAAGCAGUGCUUCAGAGAACAGAAAUAUCUAUUUGUAAUCAUGUUACUGACUUGUGAAGCUCUGAUCUAACAGUGUGUAUGCAGGGAGCCUUUGCUAAAAUCUCACCAGUCAAACUGCUUGGCAAUAAAUACAGUUGGAUGUGUGUGUCUAGAUUCUAGACCAUUGCUCUCCCUCUCAAAAAGCCGAUAGGCCAAUUAUAAUUUUUUAAUCUGGGCUAAGCAUACACAAUUUCACCUGUUGGAUCAGAGAAGAGGACUAUGUGCACUAUACCUAGACGGAUCACGGCAAACUUGUUUUGAAAACUGUUGUCUGACUGUAAUGCACAUUAUGAAAUAAAACGGAUUUAAUACAA